CGCGCAAACUCGCGAUGCCUAGCAAGUAACUGUAGCUCUCCACACACAGCUUGAGGUUUCGUAGCCUCGCCAUCUAAUCCACCCAAGUCACUUCUACACACAACCUCGGAACCUUUCAGUUUCCCAGACAUCGCCGAAAUCCAACUUCAUAAUAUCACCUCGCAGCAAUGGCGGACCGUUACUCGUUCUCAUUGACAACCUUCUCCCCUAGUGGAAAACUAGUCCAGAUCGAAUAUGCCCUCAACGCUGUCAACCAAGGUGUAACCGCCCUAGGCAUCAAGGCAACAAAUGGCAUCGUCCUAGCGACCGAAAAGAAGUCCUCUUCCCCUCUUGCCGACCCCUCCUCCCUAUCCAAGGUCAGCUUAAUCACUCCCAACAUCGGCAUGGUUUAUUCAGGAAUGGGCCCCGACUACAGAGUGCUAGUGGACAAGGCACGAAAGGUUUCCCACACUGGCUACAAGAGAAUCUAUAACGAGUACCCACCCACCAGGAUAUUGGUACAAGAUGUUGCGCGAGUGAUGCAGGAAGCCACCCAGUCCGGUGGUGUUCGACCGUACGGUGUUAGUCUGUUGAUUGCUGGAUGGGAUGAAGGUAUUCUACCAGAUGAGGAGUCUGCCGUCGAAGGCGAGUUCGAAGGUGCGAAGAAGCCCUCGGGUAAGACCGGCGGUAUUCUGAAGGGCGGACCUAUGCUUUACCAAGUUGAUCCGUCUGGAAGCUACUUUCCUUGGAAAGCCACCGCCAUCGGCAAGAGCGCAACAACCGCCAAGACGUUCUUGGAGAAGAGAUACACCGAAGGUCUAGAGUUGGAAGAUGCCGUUCACAUUGCGCUUCUAACCCUGAAGGAGACCAUUGAAGGCGAGAUGAAUGGAGAGACGAUUGAAAUCGGUAUCGUUGGCCCACCUGCUGAUCACCUACUCGGAGUUGAAGGUGUUCAUGGUGCGACCGGACCACGAUUCAGAAAGCUAACUCCACAAGAGAUCGAGGACUACCUGACGAAUCUGUAAGCGUAAUUGUUACUAGGUCUCGCAGGAGUUCACGUGUAU